UCUACCUACGAUGUUAUGACCGGCCAAGCCACCAACAAAUGGUGUGGACAGAAGAUCAACGUCAACUACAACGGUGACCAUCAUGGACACGACGAUAUCGAUCUGUCCCUCGCUGCCUGGAACAAGCUUGGCAUGGUCGAGAAGACACGCAUCCAGGGUACCUGGUCCAAGGUUGCCUAAG